AUUAUAUACUUGGUGAUUUUAGAAUUUUUAUGUUACCAUCUUGUUCUAUCAUUUCUAACCUAAAAAUUUUGUACUGUCUCAAAAAUGUCUUUAAUUAACCUAAAAAAUCUUCUUUUAAGCACACCAAAGCUUCAAACUCUUCAAAUAUGUGCGCUACACACAACAAACGUUUGUAAUAAAGUGCAAACCGCUCGAUAUAAAGUAACUACAAAGAAAGAUUUUCCCCUUACGUAUGAAAUGGCUAAUAAACCGCAUGAUAUUGCACAUAGAAAAUCGUGGAAUUCCUGGAAUACUUCAAAUAUUGAAGGUGGUUUGCGACCUUCCGAGACGGCUGUAGAAGACGUUUUCAUUCGAAAAUUUAUGGCUGGAACGUGGCACGAUUUAUUUGCUAGUGAAGUUAUAAUUAAAAGACAGCAUAACAUGAUUAGAAUUGCUGGGAUUAUUAAACAAGUCAUUACUUCGAGGAAAGUUUAUUUCUUGAUUGGUUAUACGGAGGAAAUGUUGAGUUUUUGGUUACAAUGUCCUGUUAAAAUCGAAUUGCAAAGUAUUGGUGAUAAAAAAGAAAUGGUUUUUAAAUAUAUUUAAAUUGUAGAAAUUAGUUAUAAAUAAUUAAGUUGAUUUUAA